AGUUACACACCGUUGCAGCUCAACGAAGAAAUUUGUUGGCUUGUGCUGGAGUGACGGGCUCUAAACGUCAUCACUUCCACCACCACUACACGACUUAUCGCUCCGCUCCCACCCUCUCUACCUACAUACAUAUCAACAUCAACUCAGAACACCUUCUCAACUCUAGCAGCAAUUAUCCUUUGCAAUCAAUCGAGAAGCAGACCACCAUGGCACUCGUUCUCCAAAGUGCAACCUUUCUGCACCAGUAUAUCGGUGCAUUUCUCCACUCCGCGCCUGCGAAGAACCCCAAUGCACUCAAGCUCGGCGUGCUGUCAUCCGCCAACAUCAAUGCCGCAGCAGUCAUCCACCCCGUCGAAACCCACCCCGAUGUGAUCCUCUACAGCAUCGCCUCCCGCGACGCCGCCACCGCCGCCAAAACCGCCAAGCAAUACCACUUCACCAAGUCGCACGACUCCUAUCAGGCGCUCCUCGACGAUCCGGCCGUAGACAUCGUCUACAUCUCCACCCCGAACGGCCUGCACUACGAAUGGGCCUCCAAGGCGAUCCAAGCAGGGAAACACGUCCUCUGCGAGAAACCCUUCACAUCGAAUGCGGAGGAGGCCCGCGCCUUGAUCGACCAGGCUACGGAGAAGGGAGUCACGAUCGAGGAAGCUUUCCACUGGCAAUUCCACCCCGCCGCGCACGCCUUCCGCCACAUCCUCGAGUCCGGCGAGUACGGCCAGAUCCUUCGCACGGAAGCGAUCAUGACCGCCAGCCCCGGUGUGCCCAAGGGAGACAUCCGAUGGCAGUAUGAUCUGGCAGGUGGCUCCGCAAUGGACAUGACGUAUGCGCUCUCCUUCACGCGCUACGCCCUGCGCAGCCAACUUCCCAAGACGAUCCACUCGGUGACGGCACGACGGUCAGCGCACGACCGGCGUGUCGACGAGGCGAUGUACGCCUACCUGACAUUCGAAGACGCCCAGGGCCGAGAGGUCCACAGCCGGAUUUACACAGACAUGGCGCGGAAGUGGGUGGGGGGCGUGGUGCCGCGGUUCUGGGAGCUGCCGUCGAUCGAGGUGGAGACGGAGAAGGCGAUAAUCUUCUUCUACAACGCGAUGAUGCCGCACUUGUACCACUACAUCGCGGUCACGGACAAGACGACGGGCCAGACGAAGUACCACCGCCAGUACCGGGGCGGGCCGCUGUGGGGAAAUGUCACGACCAGCGAUGGCAGUCGCGGCGGGCAGAAGGCGUGGAGCACGUAUCGGUGGCAGCUGGAAGCCUUUGUGGAUGCGGUGCGAGGGAAGACCCCUGCGUAUUGGAUCCCGGGGCAGGAGAGUAUCAUUCAGAUGGAUUGUAUCGAUCAGUUGUAUGAGGCAGCUGGGUUGCCGGUGCGAGGGCAGGGGGAGAAGCAGUGA